AUGCCUUCUCUUCCGCUUAUUUACGUCUUUCAGGACGCAGACGACAUGGCACCUGCCCUUGCCGACUACGUUCUUUCCGCCCAGACUGCUGCGCUCCAGCGCCACGACGCUUUCAAGAUUGGCGUGUCUGGCGGUUCUCUCGUUGCCAAUCUCAACAAGGCUCUCUUGCAUGACCCCAAGGUUGAAUGGGGGAAAUGGCACAUUUUCUUCGCCGAUGAGCGACUUGUCCCCCUCGAUUCGCCUGAUAGUAAUUACGGCCUGCUCAAGUCCGGCCUCUUGGACCAGCUCCCGGAGGGCACUCCCCAACCUAUCGUCCACGGAAUUGAUGUUACAAAGCUCGAUGACUCGCUUGAGAUCGCCGACGCCUACGAGAAAGAUUUGAUUAAGAGCUUCGCGGCUAAGGACUCUGUCAGAUUGCCCGCUUUCGACCUUCUCUUACUUGGAUGCGGCCCUGAUGGUCAUACCUGCUCGCUGUUUCCCGGACACGAACUGCUACGGGAAAACAUUGCGUGGGUUGCCCCGAUUGAGGACUCGCCCAAGCCGCCCCCACGACGAAUUACGCUUACCCUUCCGGUAGUCACACAGUCUCUUAGAAUUGCGUUCGUUGCAGUCGGUGAAUCGAAAGCUCCUGUUUUGAAGACCGUGUUCGAGAACCCCGAAGAGGGAUUGCCAUGCUCCCUGGUCAACGAGGGCGCCCGGGGAAAGGUGACAUGGUUCGUCGAUACGCCAGCAGUUAAGGGCGUUGCAGUCCAGAAGAAGGAAUAUAAGCCUUCCAAUUUAUAA